AUACUUGAUGUACUUCAUCGAUUCCCAGUGUAUGUUCCAAAUGUGUAACUAUUCAUUAUAUUAAAGUGGAUAUUGUUAAAUCUAUUGUUUAGAUAUUGUUUACACAACUGAACUUUCAGUUAAGGUUGAUUUGGUCUUUUGGUUUGGACUUCCACUACGUAAGCCAAAUUUUACUUUUAUGUAUGUUUAAGCUAACUGUUGUAACCAUCUAUCCAUUAGGCCUACUUGAACUUAAUUUUUUCAACCAAUUAUACUUUUAUUGAACUUUUUAAGCUGCUUAUCUAUUGACUUACUUUAAGCUAACUAUGCUAACUGUUACCAUUACUUUUAGCUAAGUGGCUAUUUCAACCAUUUAUCAAUUAACAUUACUUUAAGCUAGCUGUUUUUACUGUUUACAUUACUUUCAAAUACCUAUUUAAGUGUUUUGCCAUUUUGCCGUUUUGUCAUUUGUCCUAUUUUAAGUAACUUUUUUUCACCGCUUAUCAGUUAAUGUUGUUUUAAGCUUGCUACUUCAUCUAUUACUUUAAGCUAGCUAUUUUAACCGUUUUUCCAUUAGCCUGUUAGCUAAGCUAACUAUUUCUGUUUAGGUAGUAGCUUAAAUAAAUUGAACUCUGCAACAGGUGUUCAGUUGUUACAGUUGACUUAAUGUGCAUAUACACAAUUUGUAUUUUACAAAUUAGUUGUGCUACUCCUAAAUCUGUACAUUUACUCCCUGGCAACUGCAGAUGUAGGCUACAUUUAUGGGAAUCACUUUCAUUAUUUUUUUGUCACUUCAUUUUGUUUAUUAGAUUUCCUCUUUUAUGUUGCAUUACCUCUCGGCCUCUUUUGUAGCCUUUUGUCAUUUUUAUUUUUUUUUGUAACACAGAAACGCUUAGAUACCAAAAGACCCCCACCCCCCAGCCUAAAUGCUAACACUCACUCACUACUCUGAUUUUGUUUAAUAUUAUGUCAGGGAAGAGAGGUUAUAACAGGUCAUCUGAGUUUAAAUUCACUUCUGACACACUGUGCUGUGAUUUCCUGCAUCUCUCCUAGGAAAGGAAAACCUCAGCACAACAGUGAUUACUGAGGAAGUUCAGACUAUCUCCAAGUGGUCAGGAGCAGGAAGUAGGUUACCCCCACGUGAAGACUGAACCCUGAAUAUAUGAGAGGUUCAUAAAACAUAUCUCCAUUUGUUUCCCCUUUUCUUUUAUGCAAGCCAGGGAAUAUCAGUCAAACAGCUGUUGACUGAUUCAUUUUCAGAACAGCUUCUAUCCGUUACUGCAAAUUAACUCAUUAUAUUUUUGGACACCAGUUAAGGAAGGUUUUUUAGAGUCCUAAACUGACUUUAUACUGAGUGUCAAACUCAGUGUCACAGAGCUUCUUUUUUUUUUUUUUUUUUAAUCAUUGCGCAGAACUCCCAGAGCGAAUAUUGUCCUCCCUUUGUCAUCAGUCUGGCAAGAUAAGGCUGAUAAGAGAUGGAGUCAUGUUAGCACUUAACAUGUUAAAAGAAGCACAGGGAGGCAUGUUGAGCAGUGGAAGCAGAGGGCAAAAAUACAGACCUACAGCCCCAGAUCUGAUUGGAUGGUUUUGUCAGAAUGACAGCCGAAGAUCCUGCUUCCUCAUCGACCAUGAGCAACAACGCUGCCCCCACCAAACCCUCCCAGUCUGCUGGUGCCUCCCACCACUCUCUUCACGGACAGAUCAACGUCCCUGAGGGAGUCGCAGGUGCUCCCAAUGAGGCCGCUCUGGUAUCCCUGAUGGAGCGCACUGGGUACAGUAUGGUCCAGGAAAAUGGUCAGCGUAAAUAUGGCCCACCUCCUGGUUGGAACGCUGCAUCUCCACCACGGGGAUGUGAAAUCUUUGUGGGCAAGAUCCCACGGGACGUUUAUGAGGAUGAGCUGGUCCCAGUGUUUGAGUCCGUAGGACGCAUCUACGAGAUGCGACUGAUGAUGGACUUUGACGGGAAGAACAGAGGGUACGCAUUUGUGAUGUACACGGAGAAACACGAGGCCAAGCGGGCUGUACGUGAGCUCAACAACUACGAAGUGCGGCCCGGGCGGCUGCUGGGGGUCUGCUCCUCUGUGGACAACUGCCGCCUUUUCAUUGGUGGCAUCCCCAAGACCAAAAAGCGUGAGGAGAUCCUGGAGGAGGUCUCCAAGGUGACAGAAGGGGUACUAGAUGUGAUAGUUUAUGCCAGCGCCGCAGACAAGAUGAAGAACAGAGGCUUUGCCUUUGUAGAGUAUGAGUCGCACCGUGCCGCCGCCAUGGCUCGCAGGAAGUUGAUGCCUGGACGUAUUCAGCUUUGGGGCCACCAGAUCGCGGUGGACUGGGCUGAACCUGAGAUUGAUGUGGACGAAGAUGUUAUGGAGACAGUGAAGAUCCUCUACGUCAGGAAUCUUAUGAUGGAGACCAGUGAGGAGAUGAUCAGACAGGUGUUCAGCCAGUGGAAUCCUGGAUGUGUUGAACGUGUGAAAAAAAUUCGUGACUACGCCUUCGUCCACUUUACCUCCCGGGACGAUGCCGUCAUGGCCAUGGACCACCUCAACGGCACAGAGGUGGAAGGGUCCUGCAUCGAGGUGACGCUUGCCAAGCCAGUUGAUAAAGAGCAGUACUCACGGCAGAAGGCCUCCAAGGGAGCUACUGCCACUCCAGAGCCGACUCAGCAGAACUACGUCUACCAGUGUGAUCCCUACACAUUGGCCUACUAUGGUUAUCCCUACAACACCCUCAUCGGACCCAACAGGGAUUACUUCGUCAAAGGAUCCCCAAUGAUACAGAACAAUGCAGGUACUGUGCGAGGUCGUGGUCGUGCUGCUGCAAGUAACCGUACCCCCGGACCUCGGGGGUCGUACCUGGGGGGUUACUCUGCUGGUCGUGGCAUCUACAGCCGCUACCAUGAGGGCAAGGCCAAGCAGCCCGAAAAGCCCUAUGAGCUGAUGCCCAGUCUGGAGCUUGCUGCCUCCGUCAACCCCGUUGGCAUCAAACCUGGCACAAUGGCAUUGCCGACUCUGGCCGGGCAGUACCCGGUGUUCAGCGCGGCUCCUACAGCCAAGAUGAUGGAGGAGGGGAAGGUGCACACGGUGGAGCACCUCAUCAACCCUCUUGCCAUGCAACACCCUGAACACACCACCGCUACUGCUGCUGCCACCGUCCUACCUGCGGUCUCCACCCCUCCACCUUUUCAGGGCCGUCCCAUCACUCCUGUCUAUGCCAUGGCCCACAAUGUACAGCGCAUCCCAACAGCCGGCGGCCUGUAUGGCACUGGAUACGUCCCCAUCGCAAACUACGCAGCCAACACAGCAGCUCUGGCCGCUCUGCAGAAGAACGCAGCGGUGGCGGCUGCAGCUUACGGCGGAUACACAGGCUAUGCGGUGCCACAGGCCUUCCCCGCCACGGCCUUCCAGCUGCCUAUCCACGACGUCUACCAGACGUAUUGAUCCUGAGGGUCGGACCACGUGAAACGACGACAAAGUUACCCUGCCUGUGACUGAACCAGCGGCAAACGUCUGUCCCAUCAUACAGAAACAUCACUUGAACUGGUGAACAGCCAAAAGCUCUAAAGGAAUGUCGUUUGAAGCAAAUAUUUUAGAAAACAGACAAUGACAUCUCAAAUCUGUCCCACCUGCUGGCCUCAGAAUAUCCUGCACCUAAAGGCUUAAUUAUGCAGCACCCCUGUUUUAUAACACGCAUUAGCUGAGGAAACCUGUGGUGACAGGCAGUCCCCAACAAUAAGCAUUAACUCACAUUAACAUCCAUCUCUCUGUUCUGCUCUCUCCUUGUCUCCACCUUGUUGCGAUGGCAACAGAAACACUGAAGGUACAUUCAAGUAUUUAUAAAGAGAAGAUACAUAUUUAAGAUUUUAUUCUCUGUAGCUUUCUCUUAUUAAUGGAGUGAUAUUUGUUCUCUGAAGCAGGAUAGAUAGACCUCUGCAGUGUCUGUUUAAACAAGGGGGUAGAAAGAAAGAUAGAAAGAAAGUAAAACUACAACAGGAACUACUGACAUGAGAGGAUAACACUGAAGACAACUGGUUUUUCGGAUAUUAAUGCUUUGUUUUUAUUAAUAUAUAGUAUUUUGGCCAAUUCUACGUGCUGUAGGUGAUGCUGUCCGUCCACGCUGGUUGAAUGUGUAAGCUUCAAACAUGCCUGUUUGGUACUUUUUUUUGGUUUAUUUAGUUUUAUUUGUAUUUUGGAUGUUUCAAAUGAAGGUUUAUAAGUGUUCAUUUGCUUAUAAUUAGUUUGCUUGUUUUUAUGUCUCCGCUUUAACUUUUGGAAGCUUUUGGUUUGUUUGAAGAAAAGGUGGCCAGCUAAAUAAUAUUACUGUGGCAGAUUCCUUGGGGAACAAAUACUAGAGAAAGAAAACUGGAAGGCCUUUUAUAACAUGAUUUUAUCUGUGAGCCUGAUAGACGGCAACACCAUGUAGGCCUGACAGGGGACUCAGACUGAACUUUUUCUCAUUUAUAUGUCUUUAUAGUUGUGUUUUUGAAUUGUUUGACUCUUGUGAACAAAUACGGAGAGAAACGAGAGACAUUUUUCAAUGUGGGCUGGAACACUCCACUGAACACGCCACUUAAAGCGCUCCUGUAUUUGCCAGUGCUAACCAAAAAAACGACACACACUCCAUUCUCCUGAUAUUAGAAAGAUUCUCUGUGCCUUACAUCUGCAUACUGGAUGUGCUUUUCACUGUGCCUUCCACAACAAUGGCACCAAGAGGAAAGACUCACCAGCACUUGAGUUCUCUCAAUUCAUAUAUCCAGUGAUUUGGUGUUUUUACUGUUUUGUGGUGCGAAGGUUUGUGUCUCUGCAGUCAGAGGUGACAAGGCUACCUCUGUCCUGUAGUCUCUUCUCUGAAUGCUCCUGCAGUAACACUUUAUACGCCUUCUCCUUGUCUCUCGUUCUUCAAACCGUGUUUGACCGAGGUGCACUGAAACAUAUUUGGAACAGGCAAGAGAAGAACAGAAGCCCUAAAUGGCCACAGUGAUGAAACAUGAUAUUUCCUCUGUUUUCCCACAGUUACAAUAUAAUUACGUUUUCUCAAGAUAGUUCUCCAUUAUCUCGAAAUAACAAAUGCAACAAAAAGAUAAUUUUCUUGAGAUAACAAAGUUUUUUUUUCAAGAUAAGGGCAUAAUUAAAGUCUAACCACAACCCUCAGCCUGAGCCAAACUCCACCUACUACAAAGCUAAAAGUGGGCGAGGGGCUGAGGAGGGGGUGGAGUCAGUGGCUUUGAUGCAGGAGCCCUUAACUUAAUAUUUGAAAACUUUGAUGACAUAAUAAGUUCCAACCAGUCGACUCUGAUGUCAGCAUAGGCCUUGCAGGUUCAGGGCUGCUUUAAAACAGUUUGGGCCAUUUUCAAACCAUAAAAUGCAGUUUUUUACACGUUUGGAAAGACAGUUAUAAGUAUAUAAUUUAAUUUAAAGUUCAAAAAACGAGUUGAUGUGUGCCAUACCACUUCAAUCCUUAGAAAAUUCCUAAAUUAGCUUUUGAGUGAAUGCAAAAAAAAAGUACCAUAUCUUGUUAUAUAGGGAAAAACGUUUGGAAAAAACGUUUGGAAAAAACGUUAGGAAACGUGGAAAAAAGUUUGUUAUCUUGAGAAAAUGAUCCCAUUAUCUCUGGGAAACAACAUUCAUUUUUAUCAAGAUAAAGACAUAAAUAACCUGUGAUCCUGAAAAUAAAAACAAUGUGCUAGUCAUAAUGGGAAAUAAAUGAAUCCCUGGUUGUUUAGGGCUUCUGUAACUUCCAGAUGAAGAGAUAUUAAAUACUCAACAUGAAUUCAGUCUGAACUGGGCUAGUUUGGCAUUUCUUAAUUAUUGUAUGUGUGUUUUCAUUGAAAACUAAACCUCAUGAAUGUUCAGAAGGCACUUUUUAAAACUCUGCAGUGUGUUGAAAGUUUAAUAUUGGACUGGGCAAAACUGGAGCAAUACCUCACGCUGAAAUACACAAGUAGCCAUACGUGUAUGUGCUACGACACACAAACAUGACCGAUGCAAGCAGCUGCUGAUCAUGAAGUCACACUCCACCCUCUUUAUAUAAGAGAAUGCAAAACAUUUGUAUGCUGGCUUGUAUUUGUGAACAAGUUGUUUUUAAUUCUCUGUGUUUUCAAGAGAAUAUUUUAUUUGCUCAUUUUCCAUCAUCUCAGUUUUUUAACCACAUUUUUACACACAAAACAACAUGAUGAGUUUGACUUUAAACUUUGGGAUAAAACUAAAGCUUAGUUUUUUCUUUUCCAAGAAAGAAAAGAUUGAUUACCCACAGACAGAUUGGUCUCAUCUCACUCCAUCACCCACAUGUUGCUAAUUCUCUCUCCUCUCAAACUGGAUUUGACGUAAAAAACAAAACAAACUGCUGAUAACUGCUUUUAUAAUUUUCUUGUAUGAUGACAGUAUGUCAGGAUAUAUUUAAUAUAUGCAUUAUUUGUUUUGUCUAUGAAGUGAGAAGAAAAGGUAUAAUAUAUUCUAAAGCAUAUUUCUUUUCUUUAUUUACACAUUUGUUUAGGGAUUUUAAAAAAAGUCAGAGUAACAAAAGUAGAGAAUUUUCUUUCUUUUUUUUUUUUUUGCCAAAGUGUCCAAUAUAGUUUUUAAAACAUUCAAGGUUAUUUUGUUUUUGUUGUUGUGUAAUAUUCUGUUUGCUACUUUGUACUGGAUUUGGUGUUAUGAGUGGGAACACAAUGGCCUUCUCGUUUAGCAACAUUUUAUUAGUUUCAACUAAAAUAGUAAGACUGGUUCACUGACAACCCAUCCACACGUUGGUGUUGCAACGCUGCAUGUCAGUUCUGGUUAAACUGCUAAAGGUCAUGAUUUAACAGACAUCCAAACUUAAUGUGUUAAGACGGCAGAGACCUGUGUCCUCCCGUUUCUGCCUCCCACUCACAACACCUGCUUUACUUUCUAUUGCCUGCAUUUCUCCACACUGCAGCUGAUCCCUGUGUCAGCGGUGUGGACCGACAUAUGCCUAGUUUAACAUAGGUGUUACCAUUUAAACUCUUCCUAGUGUGUGCCUUAUUGCCAAGAUGUGCCCUUUGCUAUACCUUUGUAGACCUAUGCAGACUGUUUUCUAUCUGAAGGUUUGUUUAAAAAAAAGAAGCUUGUUCUGUAUUGUUAUAUUUAUAGUGAUAAAGUAGACAAAUAAAGCAUUUUCAAAAAGA